CCUUUCGUUAAGGCAGUAGGGAGUUUCUGUUAGGGUCUGGAUUGGGAGUUACACAGGCCGGACCCUACGUGCAUGAUUGGUGCUUAAGCAACACAGGAUUCCCCUUGCCUCAAAGAGUCUACAUGUCUAAUAUUUAGACAUGUUCAGCUUUGUGGAUAUUCGGUUAGGGCUGUUGCUCGCCGCAACAGUACUUUUGGUGAGAGCGCAAGGAGAGGAAGACGAGAGCACAUUCGGUAGCUGUACGUUGGACGGCCAGUUGUACAACGACAAAGAUGUCUGGAAACCAGAGCCAUGCCAGAUUUGCGUCUGCGACAGCGGAAGCGUCAUGUGCGACGAGGUGAUUUGCGAGGAUACAUCCGACUGCGCCAAUCCAGAAAUCCCCGACGGUGAAUGCUGCCCCAUCUGCCCCGAAGGAACCCCAGAGCCCAUCCCCGUUGGCCCUGGAGAGGAGGGAGACAAGGGUGACAAUGGUCCCCCUGGUCCCCCCGGAAGAGAUGGCAUUCCCGGCCAGCCCGGCCUUCCCGGACCCCCUGGACCCCCUGGACCUCCAGGCUUCGGAGGAGAUGUGAGAACCGCUUCCCAGAUGUCCUACGGUGGUGACAAGUCCAGCGGCCCACCUAUGCCUGGACCUAUGGGCCCCAUGGGAGCUCGUGGACCCCCCGGAUCUCCUGGAGCUACUGGCCCUCAAGGAUUCAACGGCCCCCCUGGUGAGCCUGGCGAGCCCGGAGCACCUGGUCCCAUGGGAUCUCGUGGAGCAGCUGGUCCCCCUGGAAAGAACGGAGAUGAUGGUGAGCCCGGCAAGGCUGGACGCCCCGGUGAGCGUGGACCCGCUGGUCCCCAGGGUGCUCGUGGAUUCCCAGGAACCCCCGGACUCCCCGGAAUCAAGGGACACAGAGGAUUCCCCGGUCUUGAUGGAGCCAAGGGAGACAGUGGACCUGCCGGACCCAAGGGAGAGGCCGGUUCCUCUGGUGAGAACGGAGCUGCUGGUGCCAUGGGACCUCGUGGUCUCCCUGGUGAGAGAGGCCGUCCCGGACCCCCUGGCCCUGCUGGUGCCCGCGGUAACGAUGGCAACGGUGGUGCUGCUGGUCCCCCUGGACCUACUGGCCCUGCUGGACCCCCUGGCUUCCCUGGAUCUGCUGGUGCUAAGGGAGAGACUGGCCCCGCUGGUGGUCGUGGAAACGAGGGACCCGCUGGACCCCGUGGUGAGCCCGGUAACCCCGGACCCGCUGGUUCUGCUGGACCUGCUGGCAACCCUGGAUCUGAUGGUGCUCCUGGUCUCAAGGGUGCCACUGGUGCCCCUGGUAUCGCUGGUGCCCCUGGCUUCCCUGGAGCUCGUGGACCCGCUGGUGCCGUAGGAGCUGGUGGAGCCCCUGGACCCAAGGGAAACACCGGAGAUGUCGGUGCCCCCGGAGCUAAGGGAGAGCCUGGCCCCAAGGGAGAGCCUGGUUCCGUUGGAGCUCAGGGACCCGCCGGAUCUUCCGGUGAGGAAGGCAAGAGAGGCGCCCGCGGAGAGCCCGGUGGUGCCGGACCUGUUGGACCCCCUGGAGGCCGUGGUGGCCCCGGAGCCCGUGGAUUCCCUGGUGCUGAUGGAGCUGGUGGCCCCAAGGGAGCCCCUGGUGAGCGCGGUAACACUGGCCCCAUGGGAGCUAAGGGAUCCACUGGUGAGGCUGGACGUCCCGGAGAGCCUGGUCUGCCCGGCUCCAAGGGAAUGACUGGCAGCCCUGGUGCUCCUGGACCUGAUGGCAAGACCGGCGCUGUCGGUGCCCCCGGACAAGAUGGCCGCUCUGGACCCCCAGGCCCCACUGGAGCCAGGGGACAGCCUGGAGUCAUGGGAUUCCCCGGACCCAAGGGACCCGGAGGCGAGGCUGGUAAGGCUGGCGAGAAGGGACCUGGUGGAGCCAUGGGCGCUGUUGGUGCCCCCGGCAAAGAUGGUGAUGUUGGCGCUCCUGGUGCCCCCGGACCUGCUGGACCCGCUGGAGAGAAGGGAGAGGCUGGCUCCGCCGGACCACCCGGAUUCCAGGGCCUGCCCGGACCUCAGGGAGCUACUGGCGAGCCUGGCAAGGGAGGAGAGCAGGGUCUGACUGGUGAGGCUGGUCCCUCCGGACCAUCUGGACCAAGAGGAGACAGAGGUCACCCCGGAGAGCGUGGAGCCAAUGGCCCUGCUGGACCCACUGGACCUCGUGGUGCUAAUGGACCUGCUGGUAACGAUGGUGCUAAGGGUGAGGCUGGCGCUGCUGGUGCCGCUGGCGCCCUGGGACCCCCCGGAAUGCAGGGAAUGCCCGGAGAGCGUGGUGCUGGAGGAAUGCCCGGAGGCAGAGGAGACAGAGGUGAGCCUGGUGCCAAGGGACCCGAUGGUGCUGGUGGCAAAGAUGGCCCCCGUGGUCUGACUGGCCCCAUUGGACCCCCCGGACCUUCUGGUGCUCCUGGUGAGAAGGGUGAGGGUGGCCCCGUUGGACCUGCCGGACCUGGUGGUGCUCGUGGUGCCCCUGGUGAGCGCGGAGAGGGUGGUGCCCCUGGACCUGCUGGAUUCGCUGGACCCCCUGGUAUGGAUGGAGCCCCCGGAGCUAAGGGAGAUAAGGGAUCCACUGGACCCAAGGGAGACGGUGGUGCCCCCGGACCCGCCGGACCUGUAGGAGCUGCUGGACCUCAGGGCCCCGCUGGAGCCACUGGAGCCAAGGGAGCUCGUGGAGGUGCUGGACCUCCUGGUGCUACUGGAUUCCCUGGUGCUGCUGGCAGAGUUGGACCUCCCGGCCCUGCUGGUGCCUCUGGACCCCCAGGCCCCAACGGACCCGCUGGUAAGGAGGGACAGAGAGGAGCUCGCGGAGAGAAGGGACCCGCCGGUCGCCCCGGUGAGAUUGGUGCCGCUGGACCCCCCGGCCCCGGAGGAGAGAAGGGAGCCCCCGGUAACGACGGACCUGCUGGAGCUAUGGGUACCGCUGGACCUCAGGGUAUUGCUGGCACUCGUGGUAUCGUUGGUAUGCCUGGACAGAGAGGAGAGAGAGGAUUCCCCGGUCUUCCCGGACCUCUGGGAGAGCCUGGCAAACAGGGACCUGGUGGCGCCCAUGGAGAGCGUGGACCCCCUGGACCCAUGGGACCCCCUGGACUCACUGGCGCUCCCGGUGAAGUCGGCCGCGACGGAAACGUUGGACACGAUGGUGCACCUGGUCGCGAUGGACCCGCUGGCCCCAAGGGAGACCGUGGUGAGACCGGCAAUGCUGGAUCUCCCGGCGCCCCUGGCGCUCCUGGACCCCCCGGACCCGUUGGACCCUCCGGAAAGACUGGUGACCGUGGAGAGGCUGGUCCCGGUGGUGCUGCUGGCCCUGCUGGUCCCGCUGGACCCCGUGGUUCUCCUGGCCCCGCUGGUGCCAGAGGCGACAGGGGUGAGGCAGGAGAGGCUGGAGACAGAGGCCACAAGGGACACAGAGGAUUCAGCGGCAUGAAUGGACUGCCCGGACCCGCUGGACCCCCAGGAGAGCAAGGACCUGCUGGAGCUACCGGACCUGGUGGACCCAGAGGACCCGCUGGAAACGCUGGCUCCGCUGGAAAGGAUGGCGUCGCUGGACUGCCCGGACCCGUUGGACCCCCUGGACCUCGUGGUCGCAAUGGAGAGAUGGGACCUGCUGGUCCUCCUGGAACUCCCGGACCCCCAGGCCCCCCUGGACCCGCCGGCGCCGGCAUCGACUUCUUCCCCCAGCCCCAGCAGGAGAAGGGACCCGACCCCAUGCGCGGAGGAUACAGAGCCGACGACCCCAACAUGCAGCGCGACCGCGACGUCGAUGUCGACACCACCCUUAAGACCCUCAGCCAGAAGAUCGAGAACAUCCGCAGCCCCGAGGGCACCCAGAAGAGCCCCGCCCGCAUGUGCCGUGACAUCAGGAUGUGCCACCCCGAGUGGAAGAGCGGCUUCUACUACGUCGACCCCAACCAGGGCUCUCCUCUUGAUGCCGUCAAGGUCUUCUGCAACAUGGAGACUGGCGAGACCUGCGUCUACCCAUCCCAGAAGAACAUUCCCCAGAAGAACUGGUACACAAGCAAGACCAAGGACAAGAAGCACGUCUGGUUCAGCGAGUCCAUGCCCGAGGGCUUCCAGUUCCAGUAUGGCACCGAUGGCGCUGAUCCCGAGGAUGUCAACAUCCAGAUGACCUUCAUGCGUCUGAUGUCCAACGAGGCGUCCCAGAACCUCACCUACCACUGCAAGAACAGCAUCGCCUACAUGGACAGGGCCUCCGGCAACCUGAAGAAGGCCCUGCUCAUCCAGGGAUCCAACGACAUCGAGAUCAGAGCCGAGGGCAACAGCCGCUUCACAUACACCGUCACCGAGGAUGGCUGCACGUCGCACACCGGCACAUGGGGCAAGACAGUCAUCGACUACAGAACAACGAAAACAUCUCGCCUGCCCAUCAUUGACAUCGCUCCUAUGGACGUUGGUGCUUCAAACCAGGAAUUCGGUGUAGAAGUUGGCCCAGUGUGCUUCUUGUAAAAAGAUAAAUCUGGACAUGAAAACAUUGUUUUUUUUAGCCGUCAUCUCUAAAUCUUCCUCUAUGCAUUAAAAAAUCGGUCCACCUGCUUAUCACUCCAUUUCCGAAGACACUGUUUCAACCUUGAAAACGUUCUUCUUUUUUGGCUUUUUUUGGUUUGGAUUUUUUUUCGAGGACCACUACAACAUCCAGCACCGACACCAAGGACACUCAGAACUUUUUUUUUGUCUUUCAGCCGACAACAAGAAAAUAAUAUAUACUUGUGUAAAGUGUAAGCCCCCCUCUGGAGUUCCAAAAAGAGAGAGAAAAAAAACAAGAAGAAACCAACAACGAAAUGAAAUACUGGUGACUUUUUUUUACCGCUGUGGAAGGACAAUGAAAAAAAACAAGCAAAUGCUUUGUACCAUUUUCUGGUGAUAAAUAAAUUUCAAAAAAUGACAGCCGAGUCUCGUUUUGUUACACCUACGAGGGGACAAAGAGCCAGAACGCAAAGCCAUUGUUCUCUGUAAAGGUUAAUAAGUUUCACAGGUAUUUUAGUGAAAAGGGAAGAGUUAAUUGUUUUGCUACCUCAGAAAAGGAGACCACACACAUGAUCGAGAAAGAUCAUUGCCACAACUCCACAAGGGCAAUCUUACACUAUUGUCACAAGUUCUAUUCACAAAAAAAUGAAUAACAUCUUAAAGGCCAACUACUGCAAAAAGGUGCUACUUUCCUUUCUUCUCCGGUCGCUGGGGUGAUAUUCACUGUCCAGACCAUUUGGUGCUAAAUGCUGAACGAAUGUUUUAAGCUGUCGUUGAGUGCAACUGUUUUCUGUUGAGUGUCACUGUUAACCAAGUGAUAGAAAGAGGAAAACGAAGCCUAAGCUAGAGUUGCAGAGGAUGUGAAGCAUGUUUUCGUGUCUAAUGCAGGCUAAGCAAGUGGACUGGUUUGUUUUCCCUCUUACAGUCCCCCCCCUCCCCACCUUUUAAAUGUUUUAUGUUUGAUGCCGCUGGUGUCUGUUCUACACCCCCUCCCCCCCCAUCCCACCCCAACAAUAUGGUUUCUAGCUCUCAUCAGAUCAUCUGUUUCUGUAUGUUUUUUUGUUUUGUUUUGUUUAGUUUGGUUUAUUUUUCUUAAUUUUUAUGAUUUAAAGUAUUUUUGUUACAGCAACCACCAUUUCGACAGCAGAAAAUAAAUCAAUGCAAAAGAAUACCAAAUGAACAGACACCAAUGGUGAAAUGUCCCCAGAGGUUUUUUGUACUUAUGUUGUACAUGUAUAAUAAUUCAAGAUGUUUUUAAUUAUUUUGGAUGCUGAAAUAAAGCAUGUUGAGUGGUAAAACUGAA